UUCUGCGGAAGAGGCGGGUUUAGCCCGGAAGGAAGUCAGGUGUUGACGGCUGUGUUGUCGUACGGCCUGUAGCUAGGGUCUCCGUCCAGCCUCACGGUUGGCCCUUUCAGUGGGCUGGUUCCCGGCCCAGGACCGGACCGGCCCAUUCCGGGUGAGACUGCUGUGGUGACUGCUCGCCGCCAUGCACGACGCCUUCGAGCCAGUGCCAAUACUAGAAAAGCUGCCUCUGCAGAUCGACUGUCUGGCUGCCUGGGAGGAAUGGCUUCUUGUUGGCACCAAACAAGGACAUCUUCUUCUCUAUAGGAUCCGGAAGGACACUGGUUGCAACAGGUUUGAAGUGACACUAGAGAAAUCCAAUAAAAACUUCUCCAAAAAGAUUCAGCAGAUCCAUGUGGUUUCCCAGUUUAAGAUUCUGGUCAGCUUGUUAGAAAAUAACAUUUAUGUCCAUGACUUACUGACAUUUCAACAAAUCACUACGGUUUCAAAGGCAAAGGGAGCCUCACUGUUCACAUGUGACCUCCAGCACACAGAGACCGGUGAGGAGGUGCUGCGGAUGUGUGUGGCCGUGAAAAAGAAGCUGCAGCUCUACUUCUGGAAGGACAGGGAAUUCCAUGAAUUGCAGGGGGACUUUAGUGUACCAGAUGUGCCCAAGUCCAUGGCCUGGUGCGAAAAUUCUAUCUGUGUGGGUUUCAAGAGAGACUACUACCUAAUAAGGGUGGAUGGAAAAGGGUCCAUCAAAGAGCUCUUUCCAACAGGAAAACAGCUGGAGCCAUUAGUUGCACCUCUGGCGGAUGGAAAAGUGGCUGUGGGUCAGGAUGAUCUCACCGUGGUGCUCAAUGAGGAGGGGAUCUGCACACAGAAAUGUGCCUUGAACUGGACAGACAUACCAGUGGCCAUGGAGCACCAGCCUCCCUACAUCGUUGCAGUUUUACCUCGAUAUGUGGAGAUCCGAACAUUUGAACCAAGGCUUCUGGUCCAGAGCACUGAAUUGCAAAGGCCCCGCUUCAUUACCUCGGGAGGAUCAAACAUUAUCUAUGUGGCCAGCAAUCAUUUUGUUUGGAGACUCAUUCCUGUCCCCAUGGCAACCCAAAUCCAACAGCUUCUCCAGGACAAGCAGUUUGAAUUGGCUCUACAACUCGCAUGGCAGAAACGAAGCCAGUUGGUGAAGAAGCUGAAUGACUCUGAUCACCAAUCUAGCACCUCCCCGCUUAUGGAAGGCACUCCCACCAUCAAAUCCAAGAAGAAGCUGUUGCAAAUCAUUGACACCACCCUGCUCAAGUGCUACCUCCAUACAAAUGUGGCCCUGGUGGCCCCUCUGCUGCGCCUGGAGAACAACCACUGCCACAUCGAGGAGAGCGAGCACGUGCUGAAGAAGGCGCACAAGUACAGCGAGCUGAUCAUCCUCUACGAGAAGAAGGGGCUCCAUGAGAAAGCUCUGCAGGUGCUGGUGGACCAGUCCAAGAAGGCCAACUCGCCUCUGAAAGGCCACGAGAGGACAGUGCAGUAUCUGCAGCAUUUGGGCACAGAAAACCUGCAUUUGAUUUUUUCCUACUCCGUGUGGGUGCUGCGAGACUUCCCAGAGGAUGGCCUGAAGAUCUUUACCGAAGACCUCCCGGAGGUGGAGUCUCUGCCACGUGACCGAGUGCUUGGCUUCUUAGUGGAGAAUUUUAAGGGUCUGGCUAUUCCUUAUCUGGAACAUGUCAUCCACGUUUGGGAGGAGACAGGCUCUCGGUUCCACAACUGCCUGAUCCAGCUGUACUGUGAGAAGGUGCAAGGUCUGAUGAAGGAGUAUCUCCUGUCCUUCCCUGCAGGCAAAACUCCAGUUCCUGCUGGAGAGGAAGAGGGUGAGCUGGGAGAAUACCGACGGAAGCUCCUUAUGUUCUUGGAAAUUUCUGGCUACUAUGAUCCAGGCCGGCUAAUCUGUGACUUUCCUUUUGAUGGCCUCUUAGAAGAGCGCGCACUGCUGCUGGGCCGCAUGGGGAAGCACGAGCAAGCGCUCUUCAUCUACGUGCACAUCCUGAAGGACACAAAGAUGGCCGAGGAGUACUGCCACAAGCAUUACGACCAAAACAGAGAUGGCAGCAAAGACGUGUAUCUGUCCCUGCUCCGGAUGUACCUGUCGCCCCCCAGUGUUCACUGCCUGGGACCAAUCAAGCUGGAACUGCUGGAGCCACAAGCCAACCUCCAGGCCGCCCUGCAGGUCCUUGAGCUGCACCAUAGCAAGCUGGACACCACCAAGGCCAUCAACCUUCUACCAGCAAACACUCAGAUUAACGAUAUACGCAUCUUUCUGGAAAAGGUCUUGGAAGAAAAUGCACAAAAAAAACGGUUCAAUCAAGUGCUCAAGAACCUUCUCCAUGCAGAAUUUCUGAGGGUCCAGGAAGAGCGGAUUUUACACCAGCAGGUGAAAUGCAUCAUCACGGAGGAGAAGGUCUGCAUGGUGUGUAAGAAGAAGAUUGGGAACAGUGCAUUUGCAAGAUACCCCAACGGAGUGGUCGUGCACUACUUCUGUUCCAAAGAGGUCAACCCGGCUGACACCUGAGCCCAGCAUGCCAGGGACUCUUCUCAUGGACAGUCGGCUAUCCCAGAGAAGGGAAGGAGCACCGGCCUUAGAAAUGGGAGGCUGCUUCCACCACCAGGUGUCUCCCCAUUUGGACACUCCUGGCUACCUUGAGCCCUGGAACAUCUCUGAGUUUAUCAGACUUGUGGUCUGGUGUUACCAGCUUUUUGAUAGAAAAAAGAGAUUAGCUAUACCUUAUAUACCAUUGUGUUGCAGGCAAUUUCGGAGAAUUUACUACCUGCUUGGACGGGAGGAGGUGGGGAAGGCCAUUGUCCUGCCUUUGCACACCAAUCACCUGAACAAGGAAAGUGUCUCAAGUGUCUGUAACCCUGAGAUUGUUUAUGCAGAGUUUUCUUUUAAGACACAUGCAAGACUUGGUGUGGAGCCCCCUGCGCGGUGGCCUGGAGCCUGGGAGGAGAGCCUUCCUAGAGCUCCUCUUGCCAUGCGGGCCGGCCCUGGCUCUCCAGGUGAUGACAGUCAUUUCUCUGUAGGCGCCAGGGCCCCUGUCCCCCGGGUUCUGCCCGCUCAUCAUGUCCUGUUUCAGUCUCCGUUUCGUCCUCACUAUUGAUUUUCUUCCUUUAUCUCUCCCCUCACUGCUUCCCCCGACGCUUUGUCUCCCGUUUUCCCCACACCGGGGAUAACUAAUACUUAAGGUAAAAUGAGAAGCAAGAGGAAGUCUCAGUUUCCAGGGUACACUGACAACUGAUUGUCAGGUAUGUUGUAAAUAGGUCCUCCUUGGACUGAGAGCUCUGUGCCUAGAAGCUUAGGGGAGCGUCGUCCUCCCUCCCCCGGGGCCAAGUGUGACAGUGGUUCUCAGGAUGGCCUGCACUGGGCAUAUGACCUCUUAGGCAGACACCUGCGGAGGCGCCCGCUCCUGGGUUACCCACCAGCCGCCCAGGACAGGUUUGCUUGGUCUCUGUGAGCCGAGUGCUUUGUGCUUUGGCACCUUUCUCUUUGCAGCCAGUGUCGUCCGCUUACCUCGCGGUUGGCCUGGCCGUCCUUCUCCAGCUUUGUUGUGCAGGGGUUGGAGGACUGCGCCGGCCUGUUGUAGGUAGGGGGGGUCUCUGUUACACGACCGAUCAGAUCAGGAGCUGACGGGAUGGGAGGUCGGGCAUGCUUGUGAGGUGCCCGGGGACAGCCGAAAGCGCGCGGGAGGUGGCCGCGGCAGCCGCACACGGGUUUAUGAAGGAACUCAGCGCCAGAUCCCCGGAGCACUUGUAGGGGGCAGGGAGACACCCCCCCGCCCAGGGCACUGGAGGCACACAGGAGGAGUGUCUAGCACAGCAGACCACAGACCGACGGGGAGAGCGGCCCUGCAUCCUGUCCUCCCUGGGGUCUUGCAGACUCAGUCUUGAUGCUACUGUGUUUUUAAUGGUGGGAAGGGUGGGCGAUGGUGCCCAGCCCUGACAGUGUUUGAGUAGCCUGGCCUUGACAGGUCUUGGUUCUUUGUAAACCACAGCACCGCGCCAUGUGGGGUCUGUGUCGUAGGCCGCCUUGUGGGUGUUGUAGACUAGGCGCCUCCCAGGCACACUGCCCACGGAGGGUUCGGAAGUACAGAGUGCAUGCCCUCAGCAUCACACACACAGACAGGGACUCUGCUCAGGUCUGGAAGGCAGAGUAGCACUUCGGAAGAGCUGUGUCCCACUUGGCCAUACCAACCCGCGAGAAGCCAUGCUGCCCUUGGACCUGUUUGCACCAGCUCAAAGGAGCUUCCCCUGGGAGCAGCAGUGAAAUCAUCAGGCCAGCCCUCUGUGCAGCAGAAACCCGCCCCACCCCGCCCCGCGAACCCUGUCUUCCCGGCUUGCUGUGUUUGUAUCUUCCAUUCCCACAACCUGUGUGGCACAUCUGUUUGAAGCAAUAGAAUAAAGAACGUGUGUUUUCUUCCUUCUGGAAUACAUACACGACCCAGUUUUCCCAGACUCCAUUCUUCCUUCCCUAGGCUCUCUUUGCCCUCUCUGGAGGUAUGGAGAAGGCUAGAGAUGAAAGCUCUGUAAUGACUCAUGAGGAUCUCUCAUAAUAAACAUCAGAAAGCAAGAAA